CAUGACUGUAAUACAAACAUAGAAACACAUACUAAAAAUGUUUAAUGAAAAAAGAGCUCAAUAAAACAUAUGCCUUUCUGUACUACACAGUAGAAUUAUAAUGCAAGCAAUUACUUUUUCAAGCAAACAUUGUGCACAAAACAAUGUUCAUUUACCAAUUAUUGGAUCUGAGAAAAUACUUCAAUUAAACCUAAUAUCAAUUAAAGUGUUUCGUUUUAUGAAGGGCAAUGUACCAAGAACUAUAUUUAUGGGAAACACGAAUAAAAUCCAAUUAAUGAGCUGCUGGGUUACUGGCACUAAUGUGGCUUUCAGUUACUCAUAGAACUUUCAGAAACUUAUUCUGAAGGCUGGGCGCAUCCACCCAUUUAAAAAUAUAAGCUGCAACUUAUUUUUCCUUCACUAGUAUCAGUCUUUCCUCCAGUAGUAGUAUCUUUUCACUGGUAGUCAAGUCACCAAUAAUUCUAUUGAACAACCUACACAGAUGUGAUUAAACUAAUUCCAUUGAAUGGGUUACUGAGUCAAACAUUCUCGAAACUUCAGCAAAAGGUUAGUUCUUUCUCAAGAUGCUGUUACUCCAUAUAACUCAGUACUAGGAUAAAAUAUCAUAGGAUGUUGGACCUCCUUCUUCCCUUGACAGUGACAGAUAAAUUCACAAAAUUACAAUGCUAAGAAUUUUCUAUCUUUUAGCUAGCGAAUUUAAUUUCAAAUCGUGAAUAGAUGAAAUGAUAUGGGUUGAUACACAACAUUAACUGGUUUCACUUCUGUUUAUCUCAUUAAGACUCCAAACUUGAGAUAACACCAAUUACGAAAAUAGACUUGUUUACUUCUUAGUUCUUUUAAGCCGGCAGUGCAUGCAGGUGGGCUGAGAGACCCAGGAUUCCUUUACUUUAAUAUUGCGAUUGCAGUUGGGGCACCCGUUACCACUGCUGCCAUGUCCUUUUCCUUCCAAUGAUACGAGUCAUACCUCUUUUGAGAAAGUGAGUACUGUUAUCCUUUCUAGUAGUGAGACAUUCCAAUUCAUUGUACAGGCCUCAGAGACCACCUGCAUGCACUUGCGCGGGCACUGA